UGCGAUAUAAAAAAAUUAUCUACGUAGUCGUGCUUGGAGUUUGAUGUUGGAACAUGUAAAUCAGUUGAAAUGGUUUGGGACCCUUAAUUUGCUUUUCUAUAGUCCAGGGAUGCGGACAAAGACGCCGACUCGCCGACAAAGACAAUGCCGCAGUUAAGAGCCCCAAACCAUUCCAAUUGACUUUGGAAAACUUAUAAUAUAGCACAGUUGAUUAUGUUUUCACGUUAAGUAAUACCAGCGGCGAUACAAUUUAUAUUGCUGAUGCCGGGAGGGGACUCCCCAACGCGAUUUAUUAUUUUCAUUUUUGUGUGUUGCGAGUUGCGACAUUUGAAAUUUGAAUCUGAGUGUUGUCCAGUUUAGUUUUCUUAAGUGAUUUUAUUUUUAAUGUUAAAAUAUUUUACUGAACAUGAGCUCUGAAUCCGACACAUCAGAUGUGAAUGAUACAUCCGUUUCUGGAGCAGCAAAAAAGAAAAAAUAUGCACAGUGCUACAAAGAAAGUUGGGAAAGUUCACCACGAUUUAAAGGGUGGUUGACUAAAAGUGAAAAGGGUAAAGAAUAUGCUUUAUGUAAGCCUUGCAGAAAAGAAAUUAAUGUCAGCAGCGGAAAGGAUGCAUUAGUUAAACACAGUUCAAGUAAAAACCAUGAAAAAAACGUUAAGUCUAUUUCAAAACAGAAAACUCUUGAGGGAUUUAUGACAGCGGGACCAUCAAUGAAAAAAAAUCUUGAGGAUGACAUUAAAAACGGAGAAAUACGAUUAAGUGCUUUUAUCGCCGAGCACAAUUUGCCGUUCGCGACAAUGGACCAUUUGGUUAAAAUUGUGUCUAAAAUAUGUCCCGACUCGAAAAUUGCGCAAGGUUUGGCUUGCGGCAGAACAAAGACUACAUCUAUAGUAAAAUAUGUUUUGGGGGAACAUGGCUUUGAUACUUUACGUCAACACCUCCGAAAUGUGAAGUUUUCCUUAAUCGUGGAUGAGUCCACUGAUCGAAAAUGCGAAAAGGAGAUGUGCAUGGUGGUAAGAAGCUAUCGUGACGAUAACAUUAAGGAUGACUUUUUUGGAUUAAUAAAACUUUCUUCAGCAGAUGCUUUAACACUAUAUAAUCACAUUGUUGAAUAUUUUACCAGUAAUGAUAUACCCUAUAAACAAAAUCUGAUAGGAUUUGCAUCAGAUGGUGCGAAUGUGUUAAUGGGACACCAACAUUCCGUAAUGAGUUUACUAAAAAAAGAUAUUCCAGCAUUAUAUGUAAUGAAAUGUAUCUGUCACUCAUUUCAUUUAUGCGCUUCCUAUGCCUGCCAAAAAUUGCCUCGGUUUGUAGAGGACUUAACACGUGAUGUAUAUAAUUAUUUUAGUUCCAGUCCUAAAAGAACCUCGCAGUUUUUAGAAUUCCAGGAAUUUUGUGAUGUUAAAGCCCAUAAAAUUCUACAUCCUGCCCAAACACGUUGGCUCUCUGUUCAUUCUGCUAUAUCCAGGAUUCUUGAACAGUACGGAGCUCUUCAGUUAUAUUUUACAGAUGCUGUCAGCCAAAAUGACCUACUUGCUGCAGAAAACAUAUUAACAAAACUGAGAGAUCCUACGACAAAAUUAUUUUUACAGUUUUUAGACUUUAUCUUGCCAUUUUUCACAAACUUAAACAAAGAAAUGCAAUCAGAAUCACCAAAAAUUCACCUGAUCUAUAAAAACGUAACUAAUAUUUUAAGAAGUAUUUUUGAUUGUUUUUUGAAAAGAAAUUACGUCGUAAAUACUCCCCUUGAAAAUAUUGACUAUAAAAAUCCUAAAAAUUUUUUGGCUAUCGAAGAUAUAUAUUUAGGGGGAAAUGUUAUGAAAACUAUUUCCGAAAGCACGAUUUCACAAGAUCAAUUAACAUUUUUUCGAUUAAGAUGCUUAGAUUUUUAUACAGAAGGUUGUUCUCAAAUAAUACAGCGGUUUCCUUUAAAAAAUAAUGUUUUAGAGAAACUUGAUUUUGUCGACCCUGCUAUUAUAAAAUCUGGAUCAGUCUCGUCACUUGUUCCAAUAGCACUUUUAUUUCCCAAUCUGAUACAGCCCGAAAAUCUACAAAAUUUAGAUAACCAGUGGCGCCUGCUGCGAAAUACCAAAGACAUAAAUACUCUUUCAAACGAUGUUAUAUUAUUUUGGCAGGAAGUACAUAAAAUGGAAAGGGGUGAUGGAGAACUAGCUUUUAAUUUACUAGUUAAUUUUGUGAAAUGUAUUCUUUCCUUACCAGUUUCAUCCGCUAAUGUAGAAAGGAAAUUCUCUCAGUUAAAUUUAAUAAAAACAAAUCAAAGAAUGUCAUUAAAUUCAGAUACCACAGCUUCUCUUCUCUAUGCCAAAGAAUAUAUAGGAGUCAAAAACUGUUAUGAUUUUCCAGUCGAUAAAAAAUUAAUUAACAGUAUGACCAGUACAAAUUUAUACAGAGAAUAGGAAUAGGUCCACCUCAAAAUAAGCUAUAUUACACUUUUGUAUAUUUAUCCCAU